AUGGACAAUGGGAACGAUGAUGGUGGUGGGAAGGAUGAUCCGGAACCGCAGGCGCCGUGUCGGUUGCAGCUGUAUUUCAGCGACGUGGCGACGAGGGCGGUGGUGUAUAUCCAGGUGAGGAAUCCCGGGGAUUGGGCUGACGGCUGUUGUGUUUGUCGGCAUGACGAAGGUGUUGAGCUGCGAGGUGACCGUCGAGGCUGGGGAGGAGAUUGUCAAGGGGCAGGAGGUUGGGAUGUUUCACUUUGGGGGUAG